UAAAGAAAGCUUGGCUGAAUUGGAAAAAAAAGAAGACGACAAAAACGUCUUCAAAUGGAUUUUUUAAACUCAGCUGCUGAGAAAAACACCACUUUUGUGCAACCUGCAAAUUUUAUAAUAAGUGGAUUUGUUGGCAUACCUAAUAUUAGGUAUUACUUUGUCUUUCUGUGUUUCAUUUACAUUUUUUCAGUGGUGGGAAACACAGCUGUGAUGCUUAUAAUCAUUUUUGACCAUACAUUAAGAAGUCCUAAAUAUAUUGCAGUUUUUAAUCUUGCAUUUACAGACCUGUUAAGUAACUCUGCUUUGGUGCCAAAGGUUCUUGACAUUUCUCUGUUUAACCAUCAUUAUAUUUCUUACAACAACUGCUUGACAUUCAUGUUUUUCUGCUUCACUUUAAUUUCAAUGCAAGCUUUUAAUCUGGUCGUUCUGUCCUUUGACAGAAUCAUGGCUAUCAUGUACCCGUUGCACUAUCAAAUGAGAGUGAGCCACAAAAUCAUUCUGUCUUUGAUUGCUUUUUUCUGGCUUCUUGCUGUUGCUCUAACAGGAACUGCAGUUGGCCUUCUCACAAGACUAUAUUUUUGUGAAUCUGUGGUUAUUAAUAGCUAUUAUUGUGACCAUGGCCCUAUAUAUCGGCUUAGCUGCAAUGAUGUUACCCCUAACAAAACAAUUUCUGCUUGGUCAAGAGCUUUUGUUCUAUGGCUUCCUCUGAUAUUUAUCCUGGGAAGUUACUGCUGUAUAGGUUAUUCUUUGUCAAGAAUUUCUACGUGUAAGGAAAGAGUGAAGGCUUUGAAAACCUGUACAGGUCACCUUUCAUUAGUGGCAAUAUAUUUCAUUCCUAUUUUAGUUGUUUAUAGUUUUGGGAGUACAAUGCAUCCAAAUGCAAGGAUUGUAAACCUAUCUUUAGCCAGUGUUACGCCUCCCAUGUUAAACCCAAUAAUCUAUGUCUUUCAAACUGCAGAAAUAAAAAAGUCUUUGAAAAAGUUGUUAAAAGCUAAAAUACAAAUAUCACACAGAGUGCUGUAG